AUGGCUAUAUACCACGCGUGUGUUAUUCGUCUGUCAUCUCAUAACGUCUCGUGCANNNNAUACAGCAGCGAUGCUGAUACCCAACAGAUUUCUAUGAUGAUAACGAGAGUACUUCGGCGUAUUUUGUCGGCUCGGCCUAGUCCAGGGGUCUUCGGGUCUCGAUCUACUGGACAAAGAGGUGGAAAAGAAGAGGAAGCCCGAGGGUUGGAGCUCCUCAUCGCUAUAGUGACUUUAGCACUGUGUCACAAUGUGACACCAGUAGAGACCGCUGGCUCGGACGACUGGACGCUGCAGGCUCCUAGUCCUGAUGAGGCAGCGCUCGUGAAGUACGCCCGAGAGUGUGGGAUCAAGCUGAUAAGGAGAGACGAUGAUUGUAUAAUAUUAGAAUGCUUGAACAUCACUGGUAGACCCCAGCUACGCUAUGAUAUAGUCGAAUGUCUCCCGUUCUCAUCAGACAGGAAACGUAUGGGUAUCCUUGUCAAGGAGGAAAUAUCGGGUCAAUAUAUGUACCUUAUGAAAGGCGCGGAUUCAGUGAUGAUACCUAGAGUAGCGGAGCAUGGGAAGAAGAAUGCCUAUAUGGAGGAAGUUGUGGACGACUAUGCGUGUCAUGGAUUGAGGACGUUGGUGGUUGCGAUGAAGAGGAUGACAAGGGAAGGCUGUGAGGAAUUCGAAGCGGCAUACAAGGAUGCUACGUUGGAUGUGAGCGAACAGAGAGAGGAAAAGCUAGCUGAGAUAGUGGACCGUUAUUUGGAGACGAACCUGGAGCUGGUCUGCUUGACGGGCGUUGAAGAUAUGCUGCAAGACGAUGUGGCACCGGUGAUCGAAAGCUUGCGUGUGGCGAAGAUUAAAGUAUGGAUGCUGACGGGUGAUAAGAUAGACACUGCAAUAUGUAUCGCGAUCUCUACCGCACUGAAGUCCCCUGAGCAAUCGCUUCUGAGGCUGGAGGCGAGCCAUGUAAGAAAGAUGUUGGCAUCAAUAGUGGAUGUUCAUUAUUGUUAUAAGGUACACAGCGCCAUCGAUGCACUGGCGGAUCUUCGAGAGGCUCGCAAUGCUAAGAUGGAGGGCCUCAGUGAUACGGUGGUCGUCAUUGACGGCACAGUGAGUGGCAGUACUAUUAAGAGACUUUAUACAUCUGAAUUUGUCGAGUUGAUAAAGGAUGCUCCUGCUGUGGUAUGUUGCCGUUGUAGCCCAUCACAGAAGUCAGAGGUGGUCCGUGCUAUCAAGAAGUAUGAUAACGGCCAACGAACGCUCGCUAUCGGCGAUGGAGGCAACGAUGUUGGUAUGAUACAAGCAGCGGAUGUCGGGGUGGGUAUCGUUGGGAAGGAAGGCAUGCAGGCCAGCCUUGCAGCCGAUUUCAGUAUCCUUGAAUUCCGAUCCCUGCAUCGGCUCCUACUGUGGCAUGGACGUAACUGCUAUCUACAGUCCGCCCGAAUGUCCCUAUUCGUCAUCCAUCGUGGUUUGGUGAUUGCUGUUAUGCAAGUUAUAUUCUCUGCUAUGUUCUACUUCAUAGCAUUGCCGUUGUUCCAAGGUUGGCUGAUGAUUGGAUACAGCACAUACUACACCACUGCUCCCGUGUUCUCACUCUGCCUCUAUACUGACCUCGAAGACACGGUCGUGUACCAGUACCCGGAGCUCUAUGCUAUCAGUCGUCGUGGCCGGCAGAUGUCUCUCAAAGCUUUUCUUGGUUGGGUAUGGAAGUCCGUUUAUCAGGGUUCUGCUAUCAUGGUGCUUACUGUUAUCCUCUUUGGUAACGAGCUCAUAACAAGCUCGCUUGUUGCCGUUGCUUUCACGUCACUGGUCAUCAGCGAGCUGCUCAAUGUUGCUUCGGAGGUCCAUCCGAAUUGGCAUCCUUUAAUGAUAGUAGCGGAGCUGUUGAGCAUCGUGAUAUAUGUAUACUCGAUAUUCAUACUGCGCUCCAACUUCGACCUGGAUACCAUUUUCUCCAUUGAUUUUUUGUGGAAGGUGGCAGUUAUAACAGCCGUGAGCUGGAUACCGGUCCAUGCGUGGAAGCAAAUUCGUCGAUGCUGUUGUCCGCCGCACCACAGGAAGCUCCUCCGGGCGUAUGCAAGAAAUGGUGGCCGUGCGCCGGAGAGAACUCGAUACGUAUACCACGACCCAGACAAUGAUAGUGUGGAGCUCUUGGCCACUACGCAUGUGUCAUCACCUACCUCCAACGAGUGA